AGAUGAGAUACACAAGAAGGAGACACAAUUAAUGAGAAAUUCAGAGGUUUUGAACUGUGGGGAGAGUGAAAAUCAAGCUGGAAACCCCAGGGAAUAAACAAGCGAAGUAGAACUUCUAUGACUGUCAUAGAUAUAACUAUCUACACUGACUGUAUAUCAGGAUGGGGCUCAGAAGAUCUUGGUUUUACGGGAAAUAUCAAAUGAUUCUUCUGUCUAUUUUGACAAUGCAGUGGAAGGGCAGGAAUUGUGAGGAAAAGACCGAGGAACUACCAGGGUUUAAAAUCGAGGCACCAGCAGAGGUGACAGUGCAGAGGGGACUCUGUGUGCUCAUCCCCUGUAACUUUACUGUUCAUCGCAAUUAUACCUUAACCAAAGAUGCCAUUGGAAUCUGGUAUAAAGGAUAUACAAAUGGCCCAGUUGCAGCUUCUACCAACUCCUCUCAGUUCCCUAAUACAACAAACGGCCGCUUUAUAUUCACUGGUAAUGUGAGUGCAGGAGACUGUUCCUUCUCUAUCAGUGAUGCACAACCAGGAGAUGCAGCAAAGUAUCGGUUCAGACUUGAGGGUCCUGUAAAAUUUAAUUAUCUUCAUAUCCAGCCUUCUGUAUCUGUGACAGAAGAACCUGAAAUAUCUCCCACUGGGGAUCUGAUCGCUGAUAAAGAAGUGACUGUGACUUGCACGGCUCCUACAAACUGCCCUGGGCUCUCUCCAAACUUCACAUGGGAGGGAAGUGUAAAUACAGACAAUAUACAGAAUAAUACAUCGAGGCACCAAAAUGGGACCGUCACCUACCGGUCAAAUAUCACUUUCACUCCAUCACCAGGACACCAUAAUUCCUCCUUAACCUGCACAGUGAUUUAUACAAAUGAGUCUACUAACACCAACAUCACUUUGAAUGUUGAAUAUCCACCCACUCUGAUUAUCUCUGUUCCAGGUGGGACAGGAGAGAGCAGCCGCCUAAUCAUGAGAGAAGGAGACUCUCAGGAAAUCUACUGUAAAGUGGACAGUAACCCAACAGCCAACAUUAUCUGGACUAGAGGAAAGAGCCCUGUUGAGAAUAUCCAGCAGAAUGGACAGAAUGUGACUCUGUCACUAAGGAAUGUUACAGAGAAUGACAGUGAUACAUAUACAUGUACUGCACAGAACCAACGGGGGAACAACAGUCGCUCUAUCAGUGUCUCUGUGGAAUCUUUACAAAAGCCUCAGACAAAUUUCCUCAUUGUUGGACUUUGUAUUUUAUUUCUCACACUUGUGGUGGUAAUAGCGGUGUUUGUGUUCAGAAGGAUGAGAAAGAAGAAGGACCUACAGGAGGACAGGACUACUAAAGAGAUGCCUAAAAGUGAUAGUGAUGGGAUUUACAAUGAUAUGGACAAUAUGAAAAUCUAUGACUUACACAUUGACAUAGAGGAAGCAAAACUGGAUAAAGAUUAUUCUGAUCUGCAUAUAAACAAUGAAACAGAGGUGCAAUAUUCCUCCCUUGAUUUCUCAAACAUAAAACCAAAGGAAGAUCCUCAAACAGAGAUCAUAUAUUCUGAGGUCAAACGCAAGUAACCCUGGGCAUAUACUGAAAACAAUGCAUGAAUGUAAAUAAAGGACUGUUCUGCUAUAGAGACUUGUUAAGACAAUGUCUAAUUCUCAGGGACUUUUUUUCUAUGACUACUAAGUGCCUGAUACACUGGUCCUUUCUGACUAUUACAUAACAGAGGCCACAGAAGCACGGCAUUCUUCCUGAAUAUGGCUGCACUUUCUUCUUUUCACAUAAACUGGUUCUAGACUGUAAGCUUGCACAAGUAAAACACAUGCAAAUGUUCUCAAUGUAUUGUUGGACACCCCGGUGUAUUGGGGAGCUACGCAAAAACCUAUUAUUUUGGCAUAUUCAAAGUAAACUUUUGAAGGGCACUACAUUGCAAGGUGUUCAUAGUAACAUCAAAAGCAAUAAAAAUAUGGACACUUAAUGCAUUACACAAGAUUACACGUAUUUAAAAGUAAAAAAGUCUUUAGUCAAAGCUACAUUAAAACAUCUCCAUGCACUACGCGUUUCAUGCCCUAAGGCAGUGAUCCCCAACCAAUAGCUCGUGAGCAACAUGUUGCUCUCCAACCCCUUGGAUGUUGCUAUCAGUGGCCUUAGGGGAGGGAUUUUUGCACCCAGGGGGUUUCCUUCUCCUUUAAGGCAGGUGCUUAUUUUUGAAUUCCAGGCUUGGAGACAAGUUUUGGUUGCAUAAAAAUCAGGUGCACUGCCAAACAGAGCCUCAAUGUAGGUUGGCAAUCAACAUAGGGGUUACUAAAUGGUCAAUCACAGCACUUAUUUGGCAGCCCAAGAACAUUUUUCAUGCUUGUGUUGCUCCCAAACUCCUUUUACUUCUGAAUGUUGCUCACAGGUUCUAAAGGUUGGGGAUCCAUGCCCUAAGGGCUCAUAAUCAUGGGCCCAUGAUCAGCCCAUAAUCAUCUCAUGAUUAAGUGCCCUUAGGGCAUGAAACGCAUAGGGCAUGGAAAUGUUUUAAUGUAGGUUUGAAUUCAGAUUUUUUUACUUUUAACUAUGAAACCUUUGUGAAAUCUAUCGAGUGCCCAUACUUUUAUUGCUUUCAGUAAAGGCUGCUCCUCCUGGACUUUUUCUACUGGGUGGGUGUUUUUGGUGCCCCUUUAUGCUUUCUACAACUCUUCACCAAAACAUCAACACAUUUCCCCCUUAAUAUUGUACAUUUUAUAAUCUUUAAAGAAAAUAGCAUAUAGGUAUGGGAUCAUUUAUCUGGUAACCUAUUAUCCAAAAAACCCGAAUUACGGGCUCAAAUAAAUUUCAUUUUAUCUAAAUAAUCCAAAAAACUAUUUCCAUUUUCGGUGUAAUAAUAAUAGUUUUUUAAAACUUCGGAUAAUGGAAAAGAUCCAUUAUCCGAAAUAGCCCUGGUGUUCUUUUAUAUUUUGCCACAUAAUAAAUAUGGUUUAAUAAAAUGAUCAUUAAAGAAACAUUGUUUGUUUUGACCUGCUUUAAUUGAAUUUUAUAUAUUUCCUGAUCUUACAAGAAUUGGCGAUUUAAGGACAUAUGGUGUGCCCAUGAUGGCACUUACUUUUCCAUAUUGCCUCUCUAGUUUAUAACUAGUGAUGGGCGAAUUUAUUCGCCAGGUGCGAAUUCGCGGUGAAUUUGCGCGUUUUGCCGCCAGCGAAUAAAUUCGCGAAACGCCCACGAAAAUUCGCGGCAAAAAUUCGCCAGCUUAAAAAAAAAUUUUGCCGAAAAAACGGACACCGGCGUUGAAAAAAACGGGCGCCGGCGUCAAAAAUGGGCGCCGGCGUCAAAAACGAGACGCCGGCGCCGUUUCACGAAUUUCGCUAAUUUUUCGGCGAAACUGCGCAAAUUUGCCCAUCACUAUUUAUAACAAAUAACUCAAAGUGCUCACUGAUAUUUAAGGCCAUGGUGGCAAUUUAUAGUACAGUUAUGUAGAGUUGUAGAAUUGUAGACUUGUGCUUUCUUCAGUUUAAUUGCACUUCACUAGUCAGUCUAUCUCCAAUUUGUGAAUCUUUUGAUGAACAUAAGUAUAACUUGCUAGUAUGGUAUAGUUUUUAUUACUAAAUUAGACUAUGCACAUUGUAAGUAAUUCUACCAUUUAAAAUUUUAUUUUUUAACCAAUAAAUAUGUUUUUAUUGUUGUAA